CAGAACGACUUUCGAAGCUUCCGAAUCUGAACUUGUUUAACUCAAAACUCUUGGGCUUUGAGUUCGGGAGCUAGCCUUUUGGGGAAUGACAGUUCUUGAAGCUUGUGACUGCACCACCAACCACCACCAUGGCAACAAGGAUACCACUCUCCCUUAGGGGAGCUUCCCAACGCUCAUCCCACCUCUUCGUGACAGCCAACCGCCUCACCCUCACCCGAGCCUUCACAACCACCUCUCUCCUCGCCAAGUCCAAGUUCCCUCCGCAGUCCAAGGCGUCCAGGCUGUCCAGGCCAUCCACCACCGCCCAACCAAUCCCAGAAGUAACCCCCGAACCAGCUUAUGACUAUUCUCUACACCGUCAAUACUAUGACAACCCAACUCCCGAACCAAAAUCAGAGGAACCUCCCAAAUCCAACUCGGAACCCCAAGACCUCGGCACCCUCCUCCAGCAACGCAGAUGGCCCCUCCUCUUCUCCGGCCUCACCGCCCUGAUCAUGGGCGCCUACAUCUCCAUGCUCAUCGCCUCUCUAUCUCGGGGUCCUGACGCCUGCUCUCACGUGCACCCGGUGACCGGUCAACUCCCCGUCACCGGCCGUCCUCGCGAGCUGGACUCUCUAACCAGCAACCCCAUCAUCAACGACCGGAUCCUGCGCGAGAAGGCCAUGGCGUUCGACAACGGGCUCAACCUGCCCGAGCGCAUGGCGGGUAUCCGACUGUUGAGAAAAUGGCUGGGUACCCGAGUGAAGGGCCACGUGCUGGAGGUGGCGGUCGGCACGGGCAGGAACCUGCAGUUUUACGACUGGACCGAUGUGGUCAAGGGGCCGGUCACUGGGCGGGAGUUGACAGAGGAGGAGAGGGAGGAGGAGGAGAACAAGGCGAAGGAGAGGAUCAGGAGCGUUUUGGAUAAGGGAGGGAAGGAUGGGGAGAAAAGGGAUAAGGAUUGGGUGGAGAAGAUGAAGCUGCCUGGCUCGCUGGAGGGCGAGAUGCUCACUUUUACGGGAGUGGAUAUUAGCGAAGGGAUGAUGGGCGUUGCGAGGCAGCGGUUGAGGGAGAAUGUUCCGGAUGGAAGGAAGUUGGUGCCCAAGGGCGCGUUUUUGGCGUCGAGGGAGGGAAGUGAUAGUAGGAUUGGAGAGGGUAAGAGGGGCGAGGAGCAGGAGGUGCUUCUCACUACGCUGGAGGAUAGGAUUAGGCUGGUGAGGGCGGAUGCCGAGGCUAAGCUGCCUGAGGCGCCUGCUUAUCCUGCGAGGCUUGGGGACAAGGACGAGGAGAAGAAGAAGUAUGAUACUGUCGUUCAGACUUUUGGCCUCUGCUCGGUUUCUGACCCGCUUGCCCUGCUGCAAAACAUGGCGGGCGUGGUUAAGCCGGAUACUGGACGGAUCAUUUUGCUGGAGCACGGAAAGGGUUGGUCGGAUUGGAUCAACGAGAAGCUGGAUGCUUGGGCACCUCAGCACUUCAGUCGGUACGGGUGCUGGUGGAACAGGGACAUUGAGAAGUUGGUGAAGGAGGCGGAGCAGAAGGUGCCUGGAUUGGAGGUUGUGAAGAUUGAGAGACCUGGCUUCUUCCAGGCCGGCACUACGGUGUUGGUGCAGUUGAAGGUCAAAAGCCAAGGGAACUGAAAGAUGAGACUAUGCGUCUCGUCAUUUCUUUGUACUAUAGCUGUGUCUUUUCAUGUAUAGAUAUGUGUAUAGUGUUCUACAUUUGUAUGGGAUGAGUCGCGGUUGUUGCUGAUAUUGACACAGAUACGGACGGCUCUAACUAUCCGGCCCCGGCUCCGCCCCGGCGAUUCUAUUGUAGU